GUGUCGUGUUAAAAAAAAAAAGGAAAUAAAAAAUAAGUGAAGCUUGCAAGACCAACAACUUGAAAAUAAUAUAAGUAAAAUAAAAAUAAAUUGAAAUGGGCGGUCACAACGAUCAAAAUGGCAACUCCAAUGGCCAGCACGAUGAUGAUUCGAUUACGGAGCCAGAGCAUAUGCGGAAAUUGUUCAUAGGCGGUUUGGAUUAUCGCACGACUGAUGACAAUCUGAAAGCACAUUUUGAGAAAUGGGGCCAAAUCGUCGAUGUGGUCGUCAUGAAGGAUCCGCGCACGAAACGCUCUCGCGGCUUUGGCUUCAUUACCUACUCCCAUUCGAGCAUGGUCGAUGAGGCGCAAAAGGCGCGUCCCCACAAAAUCGAUGGACGCGUCGUUGAACCGAAACGAGCGGUGCCCCGCCAGGAAAUCGAUUCCCCGAAUGCGGGUGCCACCGUUAAGAAACUGUUUGUUGGCGCCCUUAAGGACGAUCACGAUGAGCAGAGUCUGCGCGACUAUUUCCAACACUACGGCAGCAUUGUCGACAUCAACAUCGUCAUGGACAAGGAGACGGGCAAGAAACGAGGCUUCGCCUUCGUCGAGUUCGAUGACUACGAUCCCGUUGACAAAGUUGUCUUGCAAAAGCAGCAUCAGCUCAAUGGUAAAAUGGUGGAUGUGAAGAAAGCGUUGCCCAAGCAGAAUGAAAUGGGCGGCGGUGGUGGUGGGCGUGGUCAGGGCGGUGGUCGUGGUGGUGGCGGCAAUAGGGGUGGCAACAUGGGCGGCAACAUGGGUGGUGGUGGCAACUUUGGCAGCCAGAACGGCAGCUGGGGCAAUCGCGGCGGCAACAAUGACAACUGGGGUGGCAACAGCAACUUUGGUGGCGGCGGCGGCGGCUACGGUGGCGGCAACAAUUGCUGGGGCAACAAUGCCGGUCCCUGGGACAAUAGUUGGGGCAACAAUGGCGGUGGUUUCAGCGGUGGUGGUAGCGGUGGCGGCGGCGGUGGUGGGGGUGGCGGCGGCAACUGGGGGGGCAGCAGUGGCGGCGGCGGCGGUGGCAACGAUUUCGGUAACUACCAGCAGGGCGGCUACAGCGGAGGACCACAGCGUGGCGGUGGCUUCGGCAACAAUCGCAUGCAACCCUAUCAGGGCGGCAGCUUUGGCAACAAAGCAGGUGGUAAAUUAGCAGGUGCUCAGUUUAUGCCCAAAAGUCAAAGUCAAGUAAACGAUACGCAAUUCAAUGAUAUGAGCAACAACUCAUAUACCUAAAAAGAAGAAGUUUUCCGAGAGAACACACUCCAUACUCCAUACCAAAAUCAUGACAGCAGCCAGCAUCAGCACAGAAGAUAAAAACAGAGACAGAGAGAUACAGACAGACAGUGAAGAGAAGUGAAGUGAAGAGAGAGGAGCGAGCAGUGCAGGUGUGCGCAGUGCAGUGCAGUUGAACUCGUGUGAGAUUUUGGUUCAGUCACAAAGUCAGUACAAGUACACAAAAGAACAGCAGCAGCAGCAGCACUGGUGUAUCUGUGUGUGUGUGUAUGUGUGUGUGUCUAAGUUUAAGAGCAGCGAUAAUCAUAUCUAACAGAAGAGAAUGACAGAGAGCAGCGUCAGCGUGUGAGCAGCAGCAGACAGUUAAGAGAACUUUCAAAUUACAAGAGAGAGAGGAGCAAAGAAGCACACAUACGCAUGCAUCCAAGCAGUACACGUACACAGCAGAGCCUGGCCAGGAUUAUUCAAUAUAUAAGUGUAAUUUUGCACAGUCACGAUUUAUAUAUAUGUCUAUAUUGAUUGAUUGAUUGAUUUAACACACCAAACCUCUACUACCUACCUAUAUUCAAUAUAUAUAUUCAAUAGUAUAAAUAUUUAUAUAUUCAAACAAACAUUUUGUAGCAAAAUCCAAACAAACAACAACAAAAAAAAAACAAAAAAGAAAUUAAGCAACUUUGUAAAGUAGGUUAAUGUUCACAAUCUGUGUAGCUAAAGCAGAAAAAUAAGCAUAAACAAAUCAUAAAAAGAAAACAUCAACAACAACAAAAAAGAAAAUUAAGCUAAAACUUUUUGUAUCCUUGUGUAGUCCUCAUUCAUUUGCUUGACAAAGAAACAAACAAGAAAAAACUCAAAAACUUCAUGGCGGCAGCUAAAUAAUUUUACAGCUAACUUGGCUGCCGUUCGCAAUUUUCUGAUAAUCAGUGCAAAGAAAUUACACAAAUCUAUAUAUAUAUAUAUAUAUUAAAAUGUAUUACUACUUUUUCUCUAGGCUUAAGUUCUCUCAUAAUUUAAAAAAAAAAUGAUUAAAACAAACGACGACGAGUGUAGAAGAAGUACGGGCUCAUUUUUCAAGAGUCGCGCGCUGCCUUAGCAUUAAUUAUAUAUACAUAUAUUUACAUACAUAAAAUGAUAUAUCAUUGUAUGAUCAUAUGUAGAGAGCGAGCAGCAGCGAUCAGGAGCUUUUCUAAUGCUCUCGUAUCAAAAUCGAUAUAUCUCUCCCAAAAUGUGUGUGUUUAGUUGUAACCAAAACAAAAACAAAAAGAAACAAUAACAAAUUAAUUGUAAUCGUUACCUUGUAGCAGUUUUGUAUUGCAGUUAUCUAUCUAUCGAGAGAGGUCGGCGCAAUUUUAAGGAUUUUAAUAUGUUAACGAAAAUUUACAUUUAAAUUUAGCAAAAAGAAAGAUUUAAAACAAAAUACAUACU